UCAGAGCUUCUAGCAAACAAUGGCAAAAAAAUAAAGAGGCUAGGCUCUUUUACACGAGUACCUAUAUUUGGUUUGUAACUGAAAAAUCUCAGAAGAAAUCUGGAGACUGACAGAGAUCAGGGUGGUUCCUCAACUGUGCACUCUCCUGACAGAGGCACUGCUUUUGUGGGGUAGGAAUGAUGACAGGGGCAAAAAGGAAAAGAAGCACAGUCUGGAGGAAGAUCCAGGCUGUUCGCUUUGAAGAUAUCAAAGCCUGGUGUAUGAGAAGGCUGCCCAUCUUGAAAUGGGUACCUGUCUACAACUGGAAGGAAAAUUUGGCUCCUGAUACUGUUUCUGGGAUGAUGCUAGCCAUCCAACAGGUGACUCAAGGGCUGGCCUUUGCUGUUCUGUCUUCAGUUCAUCCAGUUUUUGGUUUAUAUGGAUCUUUCUUCCCUGUCAUUAUUUAUGCCAUAUUUGGAAUGGGACGUCACGUUGCAACAGGAACUUUUGCUCUGACUUCCUUAAUAUCUGCCAAUGCAGUUGAGCGUCUUGUUCCUUCAGCCAGAACUAAUUUCACUGCAAACAACAAUUCAGGAAUUUUGGGUUUGUCAGAAUUUGAAAUGCAGAGGAUUGGAGUUGCAGCAGCAGUUUCAUUUCUAGGAGGCAUCAUUCAGGUAGCAAUGUUUAUGCUGCACUUGGGCAGUGCCACUUUCUUGUUAACAGAACCCGUGAUAAGCGCGAUGACAACAGGAGCAGCUACACACGUUGUGACUUCACAAGUGAAGUAUCUGCUGGGAAUGAAAAUACCAUAUAUAUCGGGACCACUGGCAUUUUUUCAUAUUUAUGCCUAUGUGUUUGGGAAUAUCAGAUCAGUUCAGCUGGAGGCAUUACUUCUCUCCUUGCUGAGCAUUGUGGUACUUGUUCUUGUUAAAGAACUGAAUGAGAAAUUUCACAGAAACAUUAAAGUUGUUCUUCCCAUCGAUCUACUUUUGAUAAUUGCUACAUCCAUUGCUUGCUACUAUGCUGAUAUGGAAUACAUCUAUGGGAUAGAAGUUGUGGGAAACAUUCCUAAAGGGUUGCCAUCACCAAAAGCACCACCCAUGAGUGUCCUGCCUGAAGUAGUCACUGAAGCUUUUGGAGUGGCACUGGUUGGUUAUGUAGCCUCACUAGCUCUUGCUCAAGGCUCUGCUAAAAAGUUUAAAUACACUGUGGAUGCCAACCAGGAAUUUUUGGCUCAUGGCCUCAGCAACGUGAUUCCUUCGUUUUUCUUUUGCAUACCAAGUGCCGCAGCGAUGGGACGGACGGCACUUUUAUACAGUACGGGUGCCAAAACACAGGUGGCUUGCCUUAUCUCUUGUGUAUUAAUUCUUGUGGUGAUCUACACAAUUGGACCUCUGCUGUACUGGCUUCCUAUGUGUGUGUUAGCAAGCAUUAUUGUUGUGGGCUUGAAGGGGAUGCUAAUGCAGUUCCGUGACUUAAAAAAAUAUUGGAAUGUGGAUAAAAUAGACUGGAGCAUAUGGGUUAGUACCUACGUGUUUACAAUAUGCUUUGCUGCCAAUGUGGGACUGUUGUAUGGCGUUGUCUGCACUAUAGUAAUCGUGAUUUUCCGCUUUCCCAGAGCAAAGACCCUGAAUUUGAAAAAUAUGAAAGAGGUGGACUAUAAAUACAAAGCAGAAGACAAUUGUGAAUCCUUAAAACAGGUAAAAAUAGUUUCAGUCAACAGCCCGUUAGUCUUUUUGAAUGCCAGAAAAUUUCACGCUGACUUGUUAAAGAUAAUCCAGAAGGAUGGCAUGAGCAGCCAGUGUGAGCAGAACACUUUGCUCUGUUCAUUUUCCAAUGGAAGUUGCCAUGGUGAGUUGGUGCAGUCAUGUCACAGUGAGCGACAUGUUUUGAUAUUAGACUGCAGUGGACUGAAUUUCUUUGACUACACUGGAGUCUCAGUACUUCUUCAGAUUUACAUGGACUGUAAAAACAGAUACAUCGAUGUGUUGCUAGCACACUGCAAAGCUUCCUUGAUAAAAGCAAUGCAGUACGGUGGAAAUCUUGACUCUGAAAAUCCUGUAUUUUUUGAAUCUAUUUCUUCAGCAAUUGAUGCCAUUCAGAUUCACAAGAAUUACAGCAAGUUCAGUGAACAGAGUGAAGUGUGAUACCCACCCAUUGAGCAUGGCAAGUUUCAUCUGCUCAUACUCAAAAUGAACUACAUAAUUUUUCUCCAGUGGAUCUCCUACAUGAUCUUUUGUAUACCAUAUAUAUUUAGUACAUUGAGUAAUGACAGAUCUGCCUUUCAGAAAGAAAAUCUUUCGGCUGCAAUCACUCAGAG